CGUCCUGCGGUCAGAGCAGUCAGUCAGUCAGCUACUCAGCUCAAGGCUAACUCGUCGGAAUGAAAAUGCCGUAUUCUUUGCUUAAUCUUGCGCUGAUUUCAUUUUUACAGCUUUUUAUCGCAUCUCAUUUCGCAGAGGUGUCAGCCGAAGGGAAUGGAAGAGGGUUUGGCGACCAUAUUCACUGGAGGAGCCUUGAAGACGGGAAAAGGGAGGCUGAAGCAAGUGGACUGCCUCUGAUGGUCGUCAUUCACAAGACCUGGUGUGGUGCAUGUAAAGCACUAAAACCCAAGUUUGCUGAAUCAAAGGAGAUCUCUGAGCUGGCACACAACUUUGUCAUGGUUAACCUGGAGGAUGAAGAGGAGCCAAAGGAUGAAGCCUUUAGCCCAGAUGGCGGUUACAUUCCUAGAAUACUUUUCCUUGAUCCUACCGGUAAGGUCCACUCUGAGAUCACAAACAAGAAUGGGAACCCCAACUACAAGUACUUUUACAGCAAUGCAGAUCAAGUUGUGGCCAGCAUGAAGGAAGGUCAAGAGAAGCUGACUGGAGAUUCCUUCAGGACAGUCCACAUUGGAGAUGAACUGUAAGGAGGUCCUGUUCAUCCUCAAAAGAUAGCCAGUACACUACAAUAGUCCACUGGGCACAAAACGUCUCUAUUCCUCCCAACAUUUCAUUUGAUCUGCUAUGGCACAACACUAGCCUCAAAAGCCAUUUAUAACGCAUUGUCUACUGAUUGAAUUUUAGAGUUUUGCAGCUUGCGGUACAUUGGCUUAUUACUUUGAGAACCAAAGCGUACUUAUGGUCCAUGCAAAAUAAAGGGUGCUAAAGGGUUAUUUUAAUUUCAGACAGACUGCAUUUCAGACAGUUUCUUUUAUAAUUUCAUAUAGUAUCAAAUGGAUUCAUAUGUUCAUUUAGACCCUCCAAACCAGGUUCACAAAGCAUUUCAAAUUUACUCUGGCAAGAAAACGGUCAACACAUCAGUAAGGCAAUUCUCGUGCUUCCAAGUCAGAUCCUGCAAGCUGCGACAUAGUAGAACUGGCAACCCAGUUGCUUUUUUAAGGGCCUAAUGAUCCCCAAGCUGUACCUGCCUGAAAACGGCAUUAUAUGUUUUCAUGAGUUUAUCAAUCUUAUGUUGAAAUUAUUAAAAUGUUUAAUAAUAUCCCUUAAACUUGCCAAGUUUGUCUAUUUUAGUCGCUGCCUUGGAGUUUUAAGACAGAUUUUUAUUAUUAGACAGUACCUGUGAAUUACAAACUAUAAUGUAAAUUUGUAUUUUCUUGUUUUUCUUUUGGGUCGAGGGGGAAUUGUCUUUGCCAUACUGUACUUUUUACCAAUAUGUUAAAUAAACCAAUAAAGUUGUUACAAAAUA